UGAAAAGGUCCAAGCAAAAGAGGCAAAGAUACAGUUGAUGACUAGGCUUCGAGAAAUCAUCGGGAAGGCUCCAGCUUAUGAAUGGCUUAUUCAAAGCCUACGAAAAGAGCUUUUACUCACACCCCCGGGUAGCAACAUGAUUCAUUUCAGGGACACAAUCAUCAGCGACUUGCUAUCUACUAGGCCAAGCGCGGCACCUCUAUCGGGAAGCUUCACGGUAUUGUUUCAAAUGCGAUGGGACCUUCUACUAUUCAUCCAGGAGCAGGAUUAUCAGGAACCAGCCGAUGCUGUCCUCGAGGGAGCUCUAACUCUGACCGGCCAUGUAAAGAACGCCCAGGCUUUGCCGUGCGCUCAAUAUAUGCGCCAGACUUGGCCCCUGACCGGAGGGGACAUACUUGACCUCGUUAAGCGCGUCAUCGGCAGCGGAAAGCGCUGCGAGCAGAGCACAACUUUGUUUGACGGGACCAAAUUGACACUCGUGAAGGCAGCGUCCGACUUUCAUAUCAAGGCCACAGGAGAUCCCUGGUCUAUUGCGGAAGUGGCAGAGCAGCUUGCAUGGCUGGGUGCUGCCUUACGCCCCCCAUUCUAUACAACUGCUCUGAACCUUUGCACGCCGUCAGUUAGUCUCAAAAGUCUUCAACGGGACCCACCACAUCUUGCGACCUUCGAGAUCGAAUUCUCACAUGAGGAGCAGCCCGGCCUGCUCUGCCCUAGGCCAGGUGAAUGUUGGAAGAAUCUCUUCAAUAGUCACAUGGUCGUGGCGGGUUACCCUAUCCUACGCAGAGCCCAGGUAGACACCGGUCUUGAGAUUUCCUUAGGUAUCAUGGCUGCACUAGUCCAAGCUCGGGUGACCAUAUUCGAUGGCAAAGUCUAUCUCAAAGGCUUUUGUACGAUGAUGAUUCCAACAAGGUUCAUAGAUGAUGUGGUACUGUGGCAUAUUAUCUUCAACAACAAGGGCGAGUAUGUUUCUUAUACGGACCCUCAGGUCCACAGCCUUGAGGGGCUGUAUCCCGAUAAACUCACCAUGACCCAGCUCCAAGUCAGCCGACAUAUUCUGGGAUGGUGUUCAAACGCUCUGAACCGUGCCGGAUCCCGAGAUGCAAAUUAUAGCAUCGACUGGUCCGGGUUAUUGCAACCAUUCAGAGGCUUUGAGCUCGAGAGGGUGUUUAUACACAGCGGACGAAUAGUCCAGAAAGAUGUCUCGGCAGUGCUUGGGAAGCGGGACAGACCGGCGUAUUUCGGCUCCGACGUUUACUUGGACAGGCUGAAGUGGAUCUCUCGCAAAUUCGUCGUCUUGUACGAUGUGACUGAUAAACGGGGCUGGCUCACCGAUGGCGCCAGCGCGCUUCUACAUCUGGUUCGGGCGUCCCUCAUCAGUGACGAAACCGGGGACUUUGGGGAGGACUUUCUCCUUGAUUGGGCAGAUGUCGAGGAGCCAAGGGAGUCCGGAGCGUCAGCCAAGGCUGCGGCUAUUGCCUUUUUGAGAAAUGAACAGAACAAAAAUCUCAAGCUAUAUGGGGCCAGCGAUAGCUCAGCCGGUCCGGCGGUUUCGUCCUCUGGCAGCGGCGCAGCGGGCCCGAGGAGGCAGGACGCGCCAUAUUACAUGUUGAAGAAUCGUGUUGAAGCAAUAUUUUAUCCGAUGGAGCAGAUAAUUACCCACCAAGAGCAGGUAGGUGUGGCACGACAGAUGGGCUUUACGACGAAUCAAGCGCCCGACGCUCUGGAGGGGUUUGAUUUCAUGGACGUGGCCACCGGCGAGGAUGUGUUCUCGGCCCGGUUCACGGAAAUUGAGCCUGAUUGCAGGGGCUGGGUGGACUUUGCUCGAUCUAUCCACGCCGUCGUUUUGUUCGGGAACGGAUUUGGCGAAAUCAUUCAACCGAGCAAUGCGGAAGAUGUCUGUCCUAUGUGGGCUAGUGUCCCCAGAGGAUUAGACUGCCUCGCAGCAUGCGUGUCUGAUAUCGAGUCUAUCCUCAAAAGGCGGGGAAGCUCGCGGGCUAAUCCCUGGCGUCUGGUGGAUGGUAUUAUUUGGCACAGCCCUGAACGAACCUUCGAGCCAUGCCAAUGCCACGACGGCCCCAGGACCGAGGCCUGUAACAGAGUCCAAGUCCUAUUUCCGGAUAGUUGGCCUGGGAUCAGUGGCCGAGCCUUUGUUAGUCCAUUUACACUGAUCAAGAAUGGAGCUGUAAUAUUCGGUCAAGGCCCUACAUCGCUGGACUUUGGCCGGCCAGAGACCGUGAGCCGGAGUCAGGGCGUAUCGAAUCCUUCCAAGACAUCCUAUAGCCCUUCUCUCGACAGCGGCCUUGGUCAGAGCCAGGGCUUGCCAGCGACCACGGAAAUGAGCGAAGGUCCGCAGCCGGGACAGAAGAGGCCUUCCUGUGAUAUGGAAACAACACUGCGAUCCGGGAAACGCCGCGCGGUUCCACUGGAGUCGGGUGCCAUGCCAAACUGGCGUACUGAGCCCUCUCCGCUGGACUAUAAAGUGGGAUGGCUCUGCGCGAUCAAACCCGAAUUCGACGCCGCGCUCGCAAUGCUAGAUGCAACCUACGACCGGGGAUUCGGACAUGGGUCCGAUCAGAACCUGUACACUCUAGGCCGGAUCGGGGUCCACAACGUCGUCAUUACCUGCCUUCCGAUGGGACGGUACGGUACCAAUGCGGCCGCGGUGGCCGCCACCCGGAUGAUGAACCGGUUUCCGAACAUCCAAAUCGGCCUCAUGGUUGGGAUCGGCGGAGGGAUCCCAACGGCGAGAAACGAUAUUCGCUUGGGGGACAUCGUCGUCAGCAAGCCGGAAAGUCACCACGGGGGAGUCAUCCAGUACGAUAUGGGGAAAUACACCCGAGAUGGGUUCGAGUCAGUCGGAUAUCUCAACCCUCCCCCGGAAAUACUGCUGAAUGCCCUGAACUGCAUGCCGGCACACGGGACGCCGCUGGGGAUUGGUCCCAACGACCUAUUCACCCCGUAUCCCGGGGAGGAGCUCGAUUGUCUCCAUACCUCCGACCAACUCGCCCCGCGAGAUCCCGGCCAUCGAGAGCGUCGGGGACCACAUGUCUUCUACGGCACGAUUGCGUCGGGCAAUGCGAUCAUCAAAGACGCCACCGUGCGCGAUCGCCUGGUGCAGACGAACGGUUUCCUCUGCGUGGAGAUGGAAGCGGCCGGCCUGAUGAAUAGCAGUUUCCCUUGUCUGGUCAUCCGCGGAAUAUCCGACUAUGCGGAUUCCCAUAAGAACGACAGGUGGCAGGCAUAUGCGGCCGCUGCCGCUGCCAGGUACGCUCGGGCUUUUCUCUUUGUCAUUCCUGAGAAUCUUGCGGUUUCGAAUCCUUCCUGAAGUAGCGGCAUUGGGAGGGGCUCGGAUGGAUGCUGCGCGAAGCGAUUCUGAAGCUACCACUCCCUUGUAUCUCUGAUGUCUAUGAUCCGGUUUCUCGGUGUGUGGUACAAUACAUGCAUACAUGAUGAAGUAGGGCAUCUGCACCCUUCGAAUAAUCUUGAAAAGGCAUUGCAAACGGUCUGAAAUUAGUGUAGGAAUUCUAUCUAGAG